AAAUAAAAUAAAAUAAAAUAAAAUAAAAUAAAAUAAAAUAAAAAUAAAAAAGUAAAACACAGUUAGAGAUGGAACACAGACAAGAGGAUGAGUGACAGAAUCUGACUCUUUUCAGUGAGUCAACUUUUAAAACAUGAGUCGAUUCAGUGAGUCGAUUCUUUCGGCUUCCAGACGACUCACUGACUUUACUAUGUUUUAAACUGUUCGGCGAAUUACAUUAUAGAAUUAAAUACUUGUUGAGUCUGUAAUGAUUUUUAUGAUAAAAAAAAGAUUUUUAUUUUUCAUUGACCCCGCCUAUUAUCAUGUACGGAAUUAUAUUUGGAGACUGAAAAUCAUGUGGAAAGUUUUUUCUGGUUUUCUGCUGAACAGUUUGGUCUUUGUACAAAAUUCUGUUUAUCCAGCAGCUAAAUCUCACACACUCGUUUUUUCUUUCACACGGGAGGUGUAAAAUACUACACGUGACGCACAUCAGUUUCCAUAGGCUCAUCUAAUCUGUUUUUAUUCCAGCAUUUCCCUAAUGGUCAGUUACCAGUCCUGUGCAGCAUUCUGAUUGGCUGAGAGCAGGAGAGAUGAUGAUGAUGAUGAUGAUGAUGCAUGUUCAUAUACAGAGAGGAGUACAAAUGAAUAUCUAUCUAUAGUUAAUGACUCAGUUAUAUACAUAACGUCAUUACAAUUUGAUGGGGAAAAACAAAAAACUCUCGCUUUUUGGUUGUGUGAUCAGAUUGAAUUAAUACUUAAUAAUUAACACAAACAAAUUGUCCUACUUUUUAACCACUGAUACGUUUAAUGUCCCGAAACACUGUGAGACUGUCCUGACAACUUCUUCCUUUUAAUAAAAUUCUGCUUAAAAAUAUAUAUUUAUGUUAAACAAUUAAAUUACUUUUCUUUUCUAAUUAAGAUCCAGUUCAGGAUGAAAAGAUGAACAAAAACUAAGUAUUUGAGAAAACAUUUCAGACUUUUUUUUUUUUUUUUUUAUGAGUAAGAGAUUCAAGUAAACCUUAAAGCUAAGUAUAAAAUUCUGCAAUAAAUCACAGUGACUUUUUUUUUUUUUUACCUCUUCUUCUGGAGAUUUGCUGAAGAAAACAUUCCCACCGUGUUCAGCCCCCGGAGCAGCAUGACGCUUAACGUGUCGGAUAAUAAACCGACGAGUGAGAAACGGUUCACGUAGCUGAAGCCAUGAACUCUUCACCUCUCCGUCAGAUAAUAAACAAUCAUUUUUUUUAACAAAUCAAAUCCUCUCUCUAAAGCUGAGGCUGCUGUUAAAGGUCGUUUGUGGUCAUCUAUUUUAAAAUGAAUAAUAGCCUGAAAUGUAGUGCAGCAUGCAGGGUUUGAAUUAUUAUUUCAUUUCAGCUCAGGUUUAUGUUAGAAAUAUACUCACAUCCCAUUGGAUGUAAUUAAGACAUUUGCACAAAAAUACUGCUUAAAUAAAUCAAAACACGAAUGCAUCUUUAUUGAAGAGAAAAACCAACAUCUAAAAAGACAAAAUGACAAAGAGAGAGAAAUGUGGAGGUUUUUUGUUUCUGGAUUUGGGUUUAAGAUUAAUCCUAAAGUUGAUAAAUCCUCCUGACUCUGGGUGUGGAUCUCAGCCACGUGAUGUCAUCUUCUCAUCGCGCUUAACAAGCUUCAUUAUCUCAUUUACAGCUUAGGUGUAAAAUUCCAAGGCAGUGAAGAGGUCUCGGCCGUGAUCCGACCUGCCGGGGUGCCGCUUCACACCUCUGGGAUCGGGGGGAGUGGCUUUGGGGUUCAGCAGGGUUUAGCUCCGCCCCUCCCUGUGACAGUGCUGUCUCGUUAGCAUGUAGCUGUGACCUCGUGAAUUUCACUCCAGAAAAUCAGAAAACCUAACGCAGACUUUUAUUUUAUAAAGCGUGAAGUUUGCUUCUUUAUUUCCGAAGCUAUGAUGUUAAUGUUGCUAAGUAACAGAAGCUCACAGCCUCCACUCCGCACUGAGUGAAUCUCUGCAGAUUAGUUAGGAUUCUGACACGUAAAUCAAGUCAAUAUUUUUAAACAUAAAUAUGCAAGUCACUUCAGAGGUUCCUGAAAGUGUUCCAUUAAUAUUCUUAGUGGAACCUUCUGUCAUAGGGACGCACACAGAAUCUCAAAGGGUUACAGUCAAGAGACAGACUGCAGAACCUGUCAGACUUUAGGCCACGCCCCCUCCAGAGUCUGAUCACAGGCCUGUUCUUGCUGCUGAGUGAGCAGCUCAGAGGUGUUUCUGUGCUUCACUGUGGUGUUGCUUCCCAGAUCAGGAUUUCUUUCCCUCCUGAGUAGAAGUGUAAAAGAUUUGAAAUGAAUUUUUAGGAAACAAAAGCUCAAAAGAGACCUGGAAGUAUUUUGGAGAGAAGCGACAAACAAGAUGACAUCAUCAAAGAGCGCCAAGCCAAAAACAGUCACAAUCACUAGAAAUCACGUACAGCCACCAUCCUUUAUCACAUCAUAUCUCCGUCUAACCAAAACACGUCACAUCUCUUAGAUCAGCAUGGUGUGUUUUUUAUCUUGUGGUUACAUUUCUAAUUUUCUCAUAUCCGUAGUGCACACAGAACAGGUGGACGCUCUCUCUCUCUCUCUCUCUCAUUUUCUUUCCCAGCGUCCUCAGCAGACAGACAGCAGUGGGCUGUAGACGCCUGUGGAGGUGUCACUUCACACCUCCUGCUGUAUAAAAUCCUCCUCCGACUCCGACUCUCCAGCCUACACUCUUCCCUCAGAAAGCAAGAAGGAUGGAUGUUUCCUCUCCUCCCUUCAGCUACAGCUCUCUCAGCUCUGAUUCCGAGAUCUACAAUGUCUCGUCUCCUGAAUCUUUGAGCGAAGGAAGGCCGAAGUCGAGGAAGACGCGCUGCAAGAAUCCAAGCAAGCAGAGGAGGAACGCCAGUGAGAAAGAAAAGCUGCGGAUGAGAGAUCUGACCAAAGCGCUCCACAAUUUAAGGACGUUCCUUCCACCGUUCGUGGCUCCGGCCGGACAAACACUCACCAAAAUCGAGACGCUGAGACUCGCCAUACGCUACAUCUCCUACCUGUCCUCUCAGCUCGACCUCCAAAUGUCCUACUGCCAGAACACACAGCUCAGAUCUCCUCACCACGGCUCCACUCCCCAAUCCUGGGAAGCAGGAAACCUCGGGAAUGAAACAGAAGCCUUCAGCUUCCAGCAGAAUGAACCUUUUGACAGAUCCUGGGCUGCAAGAAAUGACAAAAUGCUCCACGCUGCAGAAGAACGCGUCACUGCUCCUCACUGCAACGUCGCCUGCGCUCAUGGACUCUACGAGCAGCGUCACAUUACGCACCAGUCAGAAAGCGAGUUUAUCCAAGUGGGAACAGAGCAAAGAGACGGGAUUAAACUGGAAAUUCCCAACUGCGGUGAACUCUUUGGCUCCGGCUUCGACUCGCUCAUGAGUCCACAGACGUCUCUGUCACAGCAGGGCUACAGUAGAGCCGAGCAGUGCCAGAGUGCGACGGGACGCGACUUCUGGAUCUGAAGCUUAUCGUCAUCUUUACUACAAAUUCAUUUCAAUGUAAAAUAAUUUAUUUAUUCUAAAUUUACAUUUUGUCUUAUUGUCACAUUUCUAUUUUAAUAAUAUUCGUUUUUUUGUACAAAAAAAUACACAAUAUCU